UCUGUGUACACUAUACACAGGAAGAGGAAGCAUAAUGGAACUGUGCGUUCCAUUUCUUUCUAUCCUGUGUUCCACUUUACUUUGCUGCACAGAGUGAGAGCACACUGCAUUCCUGCACCCAGAGACCAGCCAGAGGGACUAUCCUGCCAGUCAGGCACAGGGACAAGCCUGUUGCAGAGGGGCCAUACAACCGUUUUCUUGUUUUAUAGCUUGAAAUCAAAUGCGAUAAGCCUGCUAGAUUGGGUAUAAACUAUGUGAAAUUGCGCACACGGAUUGAAGGUUACAGCCUGUCAUGAGCUCUGCAUUGAGCAGAGAACAAGAACAAUGAUUGCUAGUACUGGCUCCACUGGACUUUAUAAAGCUUCCUUGUCCAAAGGUCUCUUACUCAUCCCAGGUAUCCUAUCCAUUCUCCUGGCACUUCUGUUUCAGCAGGAACAGCAGUCAUUCUUUGUAUAUGAUUUACAAGCAAUAAAAGACAAGUUUCAUAUAUGGAGACUAAUCUCUGGGAGAUUUGUAUGUCUUGAUUUGAAGGACACAUUUUGUAGCAGUUUACUAAUCUACAAUUUUAGAACUUUAGAGAGAAGAUUUGGGUCCCAGAAAUUUACGUCAUAUUUGCUUGGGACCUGGAUACUUUCUGCACUUUUUGAUUUCCUACUUGUUGAAGUUGUACAAGUUGUGGCUGGUAUAACCCUCAGCACUUUACCUUCUGGAUUUUUGGCUCCUGUCUUCGCACUGUUUGUGCCAUUUUAUUGUUCGGUGCCACGAGUGCCAUUGGCUCACAUAUUUGGGUGGUUUCCAAUCACAAACAAAACUUUGGUGUACAUAGUAGGACUACAGCUUUUGACCUCAAGUCCAUCAAUGCUGGUGGUUGCCAUUAGUGGCCUGGUUUCUGGAUUCUUCUACAAUAAGGAUGUUCUGAAUGUUCGACAGAUACUAUGUGUCCCGAACUGGGUUGCUGAUAUCUUUUCUCGAACUAUAGAUCCAGUAUUCUCAUCCAUUGAGCCAGUCACUGAGGCCCAUGUUGGGAUGGGUGCGACUGUGGACAUCCAGAGGCAACAGAGAAUAGAGCUGCUUGAUCAGCAGUUAAUGUUUUCCCAAAUUUCCCAGCUAGGAAGAAGACGACAAGAGCAGGGUGGAAUGUUUGCUUGGAAUCGCCUUUUUCAUCCCUUGCGAGAGCAACGAGCUGUUAACCAUGCAGAACCACAAGCUCCACCUCCUCCCGCCCCUGAAGAUCAGGUUGCACAGUUGAUGGAGAUGGGAUUUUCCAGAGCAGAUGUCUUGGCUGCUUUAAGGGCUUCAAACAAUGACAUGAACUUAGCUACCAAUUUUUUACUGCAACGGUGAUAUCCAGGGAAAGGUGCAAAUUAAUAUUUUGCUUAAAGAUAUAUAUACUUAUAUUGUAUAUGGACAGAGUAAUUUAAAGCACUUGACUUUUAUACACGCUCCAAACUUGGCAAUGUAAGAAGGUAUCAGGGUAGGAAACCACUUCUGAAAUUUAGACAUUUUAAUAAUUUCUUUUUUUUUUUUCAGAAUAAUUCUUAAUGGCUGUUAUGAAAAAAAUAAUGUAUCUGGAUAUUGAUGAUUUAUUAAAUGC